AAAUAACCGGUUUAAAUUCCAAAGGGAAGAAACCGAUUUUUAGCGAAUCAAAACAAAGGAAUCCGCCUGCUUUUGGGCAAAAGACGUAUUUUCCGAAAUUGACGAGGUGGAAGAGCAAUGACGGUUGGCAUGUGAGUUGCGUGGAUCAAGACACUUGUUACCAUUCAUUGCUGCUCGGUUUUCACUGCAAAGGCUAGCCCAUCCCGACAACAUUCAGCGGUCGUCGUGGGGGCCGCGGCCGCCAUGGCCGGCAGCGCCGUGGUGACCGGGCGGCAGUUGGCGUGGCCGCCCGAAGCCCACAUGCUGCCCUCAAAGGAGCGGCCUUCGUCGUGCCCCGACUCGCCCCUGGCGCCCGCCCCCCGGCCCUCCAGGGCGCGCGGUCUGUUGGAGCGGCGCGGCUCCAGCGCCAGUCUCACCAUAGAUCUCCACCCUGCACAGUCCUCUGCGCCUCCUCCUCAAAGCGCUCUGUUGGCGUCAGCCUCGUGUCGACUGACGCGGGCCCGACUGCGCGGCUGUUUGAGCGACGUUCGCGCGCUGCACGCGCAGUUCUGGGAGAUCCCGUCCAACAUCCCCGAGCGUCCGGGGCUGGCGGGCAGCGGGCCCAAGAACCGCUACCGCUGCGUGCUGCCGAACGAGCAUUCGCGGGUGCGGCUGCUGCACGAGCCGGACCCGCUCGCCGCCUACAUCAACGCCAACUACGUGCGCGGCAACGCGGGCGAGGCGCGCGCCUUCGUCGCCACGCAGGGCCCGCUGCCGCACACGCUGCACGACUUCUGGACAAUGGUGUUGCAGGAGACUGCCUCGGCCCUCGUCAUGAUCACAAAGCUCAGGGAAAAGGGCCGAACCAAGUGCGAAAAAUACUUGCCUGACCACCAACAUCCCAGGAUGGAGGUUGCCGACAUUCAGGUUCGAUGGCUUGGAAGCGAGCAGCACCGCGGCUUCAUGGUGACCCAGCUGGAAGUGCGUCGCGGAUCGCAGCGGCUGCGUCUGCCGCACUUUUGGUUCACCGACUGGCCGGACCACAAGGCGCCCGAGGACGCGGCGCCGCUGGUGGCCAUGGCGGAGCUGGCCGAGGAGUCGCGGAUGCGGGGCCGCGGACCCGCGGUGGUCCACUGCAGCGCCGGCAUCGGCCGCACCGGCUGCUUCAUCGCCGUCGCACUCGGCAUGCAGCAACUGCGCGUCGAGCAUGCAGUUGACGUCCUUGCCAUUGUUUGCGCCAUGCGCCAAGAUAGAGGCGGCAUGGUGCAAACGGGCGAACAAUACGAAUUCAUCCACCGGGCGUUGGCGCUUUUUGAGCGCAGUUUGCCCCCGGAAGAUGCGUAGAAAACACCAACCAACACAGUGUCAAUUACUCAAGGCCCAACAGUGCCUGGAUCUCACUCAUUGUCAGCAGCCCACAUGUUGUCUCUUUUUAUUUUUCUACCUCCUUUGUUUUGUACUUAGGCCAAACUAACUGAUAAGCCGCCAAUGAAUGUGUAUAUUAACCUUACAGUAAAAUGCCUACCCCUGUGUAGAAAAACAA